GAAAGCAGUGCACUGCCGGAGCCUGCCUGCCGGGAGAGAGACACACACAGACACACAGGCUGCUGCUGCUACUGCGCGUAAAGAGGAAGAGCGGAGGGAGAGGAGAGGAGAGGAGAGGGCUGCAGCGGAGAAACGCACAGCUUUUCAGGAGGAGGAGAAGUGGAGAGGAACCACGUUUAUUUUCUCCGGAGUAGUUUUACGCACGGGAACUGGAUCUGCGCCCUAUGAGAAAUACAUUUUUCAUUUGCCUGAGAACUAACUGCUGUUGGGGAACAUUAGAAAUGAGAAUUUGCCAUUUUUGAAUAGAGUUGUAAGGGAAGGUUUAAAGAUAUUUAAAGACCCCUUUUGUUUUACAUUUCGUUAACUUAUUUUCUUACGCUCCUUCUUGUUCUUCUUAGUUACCAAGUUAGAUUUUUUUUUCUUUUUAAUUUGAGUGAUUCGCCUGCCAAGAUCUGCUCCAACACGCGUUUUGACACUCGGGUGGACACUGUUACCCGGACAGUUCGCACCAACAUGGAUUUCGCUGGAAUAAAACUGUGUUUGCAGUUCAGGUCCGCCAAAUUUUAAAUUACGUUGCAUUAACUGCGGUUUUCUGGCGACAAGAAGCAGUGCCAGCAACUCAUAUCAACUGUGUACAAGAGCCGAAGCCGUAUUUCUGGAAAGCCGCAACCCGGCGUUUGGAUUGUGAUUAUUGCCUCUGAAGGAACUGUGGAAAAGGACGGAAAAGUUCAGAACCGGAACACUUUAUUGUUUCAGACAAACCAAACUGAAGGAGGGUGUUUUAAAUUUUUCUUUUGGUUUCUCAACGCCUUGAGGGAAAAGAUGUAUUCAUGUUUAUGGCUGUGUGGAUGUUUUCUGCCGCUUCUUUUGCCUUCAGCAGUAAAAGCUGAUGAAGGAGCCUCUGAGCAAUGCGGCGGCUAUUUAGAUGCCAGCGAUGCCGGCUACAUCACCACCCCUGGCUACCCGCUGGAGUAUCCACCUCACCAGAACUGUCACUGGGUCAUCACAGCCCCGGAGUCAUCACAGCGCAUUGUCCUUAACUUCAACCCACACUUUGAAAUGGAGAAGCUGGACUGCAGAUACGACUAUGUAGAAAUUCAUGACGGGAACUCGGAGUCAUCCGACCUGCUAGGAAAGCACUGCAGCAACAUCGCCCCUGCACCAAUCAUAUCGUCUGGCCCAUCUCUUCACAUCAAGUUUGUGUCAGACUACGCUCAGCAGGGGGCAGGCUUCUCGCUGCGCUAUGAAAUCUACAAAACUGGCUCAGACUGUUCUCGUAAUUUUACCAGUCCCUCAGGCCUCAUUGAGUCCCCAGGCUUCCCUGACAAAUAUCCCCACAACCUGGAGUGCUCCUUCAUCAUCAUUGUGCCACCCAGCAUGGAUGUCACCCUCACCUUCCUGACCUUCGACCUAGAGAACGAUCCCCUGCCAGGCAGUGAUGGGGACUGCAAGUACGACUGGCUGGAAGUAUGGGACGGACUCCCUGGAGUUGGCCCUCUAAUUGGCCGAUACUGUGGGACCAGGGUACCCCCUGAAAUCCAGUCAUCCACUGGGAUUCUUUCACUGGCCUUCCACACUGACAUGGCUGUGGCUAAAGAUGGCUUCUCGGCUCGAUACAACAUGACACACAAGGAAGUCAGCGAAACUUUCCACUGCAGCAAUGCAUUAGGUAUGGAGUCAGGAAAGAUCACAGAUGAGCAGAUCAUGGCUUCUUCAAGUUUCCACGAUGGAAAUUGGCUGCCGCGUCAAGCCCGGCUCAAUUAUAAAGAAAAUGGGUGGACGCCUGCUGAAGACAACAACAGGGAGUACAUACAGGUGGACCUCCAUACUCUAAAGGUCCUCACAGGCAUUGCCACUCAGGGCGCCAUCUCAAAGGAAACUAAGAAUGUUUAUUAUGUUACCACCUUCAAGCUGGAAGUGAGCACUAAUGGAGAAGACUGGAUGAUCUACAGGCAUGGGAAGAAUCACAAGGUAUUCCAUGCCAACACUGAUGCCACAGAGGUGGUUCUCAACCGGAUCCCUCAACCGGUCCUGACACGCUUCGUACGAAUCAGACCUCAGACGUGGAUGAACGGUAUUGCACUACGGUUCGAACUCUACGGCUGUCAGAUAACAGAUGCUCCUUGCUCAGAGUUGCAGGGCAUGCUGUCUGGGCUUCUCCCUGACUCCCAGAUCUCUGCGUCCUCCAUGAGGGACAUCCACGGCUCGAUGGGGGCGGCUAGACUUGUCGCCAGCCGUUCGGGUUGGUUUCCUAACCCGACACAACCUAUAGCUGGCGAGGAGUGGCUACAGGUGGAUCUAGGUGUGCCCAAGAUGGUCCGAGGCAUAAUAACUCAGGGUGCAAGAGGGUUGGAGGGCAGCUCGAGUGCUGACAACAGAGCUUUUGUGAGGAAGUACAAACUAGCACACAGCUUGAAUGGCAAAGACUGGAGCUACAUCAUUGACAGCAAAUCGGGGUUUGCUAAGAUUUUUGAAGGGAACAGUCACUAUGAUACCCCAGAAGUGCGGAGGUUUGAUGAGAUUGUCACCCAGCACAUCAGAGUUUUCCCAGAGCGAUGGUCACCUGCUGGGAUCGGCAUGAGGAUGGAGGUUCUCGGCUGUGACCUGCCUGAAAUCACCACUCUGCCCAACACGGUGAGCCCCACCACUCCCAGACUGGAACAGACAACUUCUGCAAUGAGAUCAGCCACAACUCCGUCCCUGUCGGCCGUGUGUGACUUUGAGCAGAGUUUGUGCGGCUGGUCGGCUGAUCCCCACUCAGGUGUGAGCUGGUCUCUGCACACAGCCGGCAGUGGCUCAACUGGACACAACUCUCAUGGGACAUGGCAGGACCUGUCACUGGGAUCAGACAAUUUCUCAGGGAACUACCUCCACCUGGAUGCAGGGGCCCACACCCAGCGCAAGAAAGCCAGACUGCUGAGCCCCGAAGUGGGUCCAGAACGAGGUCCUCUCUGCCUUCUGUUCUACUAUCAGCUCCAGGGGGAGGCACAGGGGAGCCUGAGGGUCCUGCUGAGGGAAAACGACCUGGAGGAGACCCUCUUAUGGGCGCUAAAAGGCGAGCAGGGGCCCCACUGGAGAGAGGGCCGUACCAUCCUUCCCCAAAGCCCCAGAGAGUAUCAGGUGGUGUUUGAAGGUUUUUUUGAUCACCCAACUAGAGGCCACAUCAGGAUAGACAACAUUCACAUGAGCAACAACAUCGAACUAGAGCAAUGUGCACAGCCUCUCCCUGCUUUAACUUCAGGCAUUCCCAGGGGUGCCAUAUCUGGACUGAGGCCCACUGUAGCCACAGUGAUGGUGCAUCCAGUCCCUGCCUACUGGUACUAUGUGUUGGUGGGAGGCAGCGCCCUCUUGCUCUUGAUAGGUGUGACUGUGAUGAUCAUUCUCUGCUGCCAACGCAACCAUUGGAUGAACAGAAAGACCAAAAGUGGCCACCACCAUCAUCAUCACCAUUCAGUGAUGUAUCACAACAACCAACCAGCCUAUCAGCAAGGUCCAGAGAAUUACUACCAGUGUCAAAACCCCAGCUGUAACAUGAUCUGCAGCACCGACCAGAACCACCUUUUUCCAGGAACAGAUUCAACUCUGGAACCCAGGCUCAUCAUAACGCUGGAGAAAGACGACAGCUACAGCUCCCGCUGCUGAAAUGACUGGACUUAAGUGAGUCAUGCAGUUUCAAAAGGACAAUAUGGUCAAAUAAAGAGCUAAGAGUCUGAACCCUUCCUUGAAAGAACAAGGGACUCGGCAUCAACAACACUGUUCAGCAAGAGGAGUCUUCAUGGUGGAGUUGCUUUAGCUCCUCUUGCUAAUAAUGGAUCAGUGUAUACCUCUGAGUUGGUGCCUGAGGUGAAAGUCCUGUCCAGGAAGAUGGAAAAGCUUCAGUUUCUAGUUCUAAUGUUUCAACAUAGUGAUUUUUGAUGUCCUUCACAAUGUUGUUCAGUCUAAAUUAGCCUAGAGAUUAAUUGGAUCGUCAUUUAAGCAACCCAAAUAUCCGUUACCUAACAAAGUUUUGGAAAGACUCUGCAUGGAUAUGCAAUUAGCAAUGUCAGUGUUCCUCUUUUCUCAGAGAGAUUUACACACGUUUGAUGGAUGCAUUUUAGGGUCUAGGGGUCUUAAGGAAGCUGAAGUUUAUUUCUCCCCAUGCAUCUAGGAAUCUGAGAAGAGAAAAGGACAGAAGACUGUGGAGAGUAUUGGUGUGACACACAGGAACUGAGCCUUAAGGAGAUGAAUCCUGCUAUAAAAAUGCCAAGCAGUAAAUGCACGGACUGUCUUGAAAACUUUUCAAGCCUCAUGUUAUUUUGCGUGCUUCUUUUUUGUUCAUCAAACCUUGGAUAUGCCUUUAAUAAAAAUGUGCUUUAUAGCUUUUACCUCCUUCUACCCAUAGUUUGAGGAAGUGCUUCAGUGCCAAAUCAAAAUGUGGAUGACUUCCGUAUGUUGCCUGGAUCUUGUGCCUGUUGGUUAAUGUUUUAAAGUAAAACUCAAUGUCAAUGACUGAGUGAAUGAAAAAACACUGAAUUCAAAGGAAUGCUUUCAUUCUGGUUUCUGUGCAACUGUGUGCAACAAACUUAAUAGUUUUUAUGGAUGCAUACUCACAGUUUCCAGGUCUGCUUUAGUUCAAGAAAUGAGACCAAACAUGCUGUGAUGAAAAGGACUCUUUCUUGUUUAGGCUGAGUGUCCAUUAAGGAUUCAUUUCUCAGAGCCAGCUCCUUUUUGAAAAAUGUCUUAGUAACAACUAUAUCAACGUCCAGAAACUCAAAUUUGCUUUUUGUGAUGUGUAGCAACUCUAGGUGUGUUAAGGCAACCAACCUCAUGGGUAGAGAUAUGAACAGAAGCUUUAAUAGUGUCUUUCUGGUUAUAUAUAAAUAAAAGGUGAGUAGUUGUGCUCAUAUUUAAAACUGUUUGUUCAUCAGUUAUUUAAGAAUUCCCACCAACAUGCCUUUCUCUCUCAGAAGAAUACUAUUUGGACACAUUCCUUUAAUAAAGGCCUGGAGAAAUCUUUAUUGAUUUCAUAUAAGUAAAUGUAUGAAUAUAGUUGAUCUCAA